GGUUACAUUUAUUGUUAACAUUAUCUCAUAGCUUUUAACUUUUAUCUGAUAUAUCAUACACACAUAUAUACCAUAUAUAUAUUUAAUGCUUUAUCUAUUCCUUAAAAUGUCCCCAAAAAAUCGUUUUAAUCAAUAUAGUACUUUUUAAAUGUUACCUUCCUAGACACCCGAACACCUGUAGUUAAGACAACCCAAACCCUCAGCUGUUUCUAGGUAUGUUAUUUCUACUUAAUUAUCUGGCUAUCAUUAUUUUAUCAAAUUCUGAAAAUGUUUCCCUGCUUUUAUAACAUAUCACAUAACAGAGACCCAAUACACUGAUUAAAGCUAGAAAAUAAACAUCACAAGGUUUGAGGGUAAAAUUUCACGUGUUCUGAAUCUAGCCUUAACUAACCAAACAAAACAACCAACCAAUCCUAAUCUAACCAACCAAAUUUAACCUAACCUUGUUUAGAAUUAGAAGACUGGGUAGGUUGUGAAGGGCUGUGGAGGGUAUAGUCAUCCUGCUUCGGCUGUGGAGGGUAUAGUCGUCUUGCUUCAGCUGUGGAGGGUAUAGUUGUCCUGCUUCAGCUGUGGAGGGUAUAGUCCUGCUUCAGCUGUGGAGGGUAUAGUUGUCCUGCAUCAGCUGUGGAGGGUAUAGCCGUCUUACUUCGAGGAAGAAUCGGUGUAGCAAAUGGUCACAGAGCUGGUGGAUGAAUAGGUCGUGGACUCAUAAGUACAGAAUGCCUCAAGUCCUAUUUGAAGUAUUGCCAAAUAUUCUGGCUUGCAAUAUGUACAUCACCUUACCUCCUGGUGCUGGCUAUUAUCAGAAGAUGCUUGUUAGUAAAUCUGACUGUACCAUUGAGCUUCAAGAUGGAGAGACUUUUGUUAUCAAGAUACCAAAAGGGUCAUAUUUAGUGCCUAAUUCAGCUACUGGCAUUAUUCAAAAAGAAAACAUCAUUACAGCCCGUGCUGCCAUCAGUGAGAUGACUUCUCUCAUCAGUACACUUAGCGGGGAUAUUUUGAGCACUAACAUUACCAGUUCCAUGGACACAGAGUUGAGUAGUAGUAUGUCAGACUCUUUGGUAUCAGCCCAUUGUAAACAGUGUCUAAAACAUUUAUGUACAAAUAUUAAAUUUCGAAGGGUGCUGCCCCUGCCAUCAGUUGACUGGGACCAGGCAUCUGAAGGUUGGUUCUGUCACCUUCAUGCUGAGGAUGGCCAUAAACUGAAACCAGCAUCACUUCAACCUGAACAUGAUGAAUGCUUUUAUACAGAAUUGUUCUUCCUUAUCCACCCUAGGAUGAUGGAUUUUAUUAAUGCUGAGCAUAAUGGUUGCACCAUAAGUUGUUCAGGAUGUAAAAUGAUCCUUGGUGAGAAGACCAGUCAGUCAAUCAAGCUGUGGGCACAAAACCUUUCAUGGUUACAGGAUGAUGGAAAAAUAAUUUAUGAUAGAAGUAUUAGUGAGAUAUUACUCUCCCUGUUCCACAAUAUUGAUAGGGAUAAUUUUGGAGUAAAUUGUAGGCUUGUGCUGCAGCCACUGACAAUGGCAAAAAAGUAUCUGUAUAUGGUGACAAUGAACACAAACCAGAAGUUACUUGUUUCAGAUGUGCCACAAUGUGUCUCAAGUGAAACAAUACUGAAAAAGUCAAACAAGGAGAAAGAAGGAUCCCAAGUAAAUGGUGCACCAACAAAGAAAUUACGUGUGGCAAGUGAAAAGGAGAUCUGUCUUAAGAAGGUGUAUGCAAUCAAAUUAUUAUACUUAGUGAAGGAAGAUGAAGAUGAGCAGACAGGGGAAUGGGUUGAUGAUGUCAAUGUACACAUUAUUCCUUGCAGUAAUUCUUUCUUCCAAGAAGUAAAAUGUAUAUUAGAGAAUUCAUCUCAUUGUUUACCUGAUAAUAUUAGAGCCAUUGAGAACAUGAGCCUAGGUUAUAUAAUUAAAUGAUAUUUUAUAAUUAAAGUUUUGACUUAU